GAUGCGACGUUGCCAGCUGGCAUGACGUCUGAAGAAGAAGAAGAAGAAAUCGUCAUUUCCGGUGUUUCUCUGCCGGCGGGAAGCUGUUGUGUAGUGCAGUGUCCGUUUUACUGACAAUGUCCCGCAUUCUGAACGGUAUCGUGGCGGUGUGUCCUGACCUGGGUAUCGGUAAAAAUGGAAAUCUGCCCUGGCACCCUGUUAGACUCAAUAACGAAUUCAAGCACUUCCGAACGAUGACAGCGACUCCAUCAGUAGAAGGCAAGCAGAACGUGGUGAUCAUGGGCAGGAAGACAUGGUUUUCCAUCCCAGAGAAGAACAGACCUCUGAAUAACAGGAUCAACAUCGUCCUCAGCAGGGAGCGCAAGCUUUCCUACUGAACGCACCAUCCCUGACGUGAAUGCGCGACCGCGCUGCAGCUCAGCGGCACCGGACCUUAUCAGCUAUGACCCAAAAAGGAAGACAGGAGAACAGGGAGGAGAGGUAUUUUCGACAGUUGUAAGUAACGUUGUUGCCAUUAUUGUGUGACAGUCUAAGAUGCAAAGAACAUUGUCGUCCGUUGUAAACUUUGUGCGACCAGCAAAAAGCUUUUAACCGCGAACAAUUCUACAGUG